UGGCAGCUCUCGCUAUACUUAGCUGAAAACUAUCUAUCUUCAGCCAGAGAGAGAGAGGAAGAGACAAGCUGGCGACUUUCAGUCCGAAGCGAGCAAUGGCGGAGCUGCGGCACUCGAGCUCUCUCGGGAGCCGAUCCUCCUCCUCUCCGCUGCGCGGGGGCGGCGGAGACGAUGACGCGUCGUCGCCUCACGCCCACGAUCACUCUCCCACCGGCGGAGACGACGACGGCGACCGCCCACGACGAGGAGAUCGUGACCGUCCCUUCUGGUCACUUUCGGGGUUUCACUCAUUGUUCCCCUUCCUCGGUGACGAUCCUAGGGUUUCUCCUCACAAGAACAAGAUUUCGCUUUUGGUGCUGUUUAUUAUCGCCGUCGCAAGCUUGAUCUCCGUUUUAGGGAUAGUCAAUCAUUUGAAUACCCCAUAUUUGUGUAAGAAAGAUGGAAUUGUGCUUCACUGUCCACAUGUAAAAGAGUCACCUUCUCCAUGGGAGAAUCCUUUCUCUGCAACCACUUCAUGGAAACCUUGUGCUGAGCGCCGCAUUGGUGGAGUAUCAGAUCUUCCGCCCGAGAAUGAAACAAAUGGCUACAUCUUCAUCCAUGCCGAGGGUGGUUUGAAUCAGCAAAGAAUCGCUAUCUGUAAUGCAGUGGCUGUUGCUAAGAUUAUGAAUGCAACUUUAAUUCUUCCUGUGCUAAAGCAAGAUCAGAUUUGGAAAGACCAAACGAAAUUUGAAGAUAUUUUUUAUGUAGAUCAUUUCAUUGAUUACUUGAAGGAUGAUGUUCGAAUUGUUCGAGAUAUACCUGAAUGGUUCACUGACAAGUCAGAGUUAUUCAGUAGCAUCAGACGGACAAUAAAAAACAUUCCAAAAUACGCACCAGCGCAAUUCUACAUUGACAAUGUUUUGCCUCGAGUAAAGGAGAAGAAGAUAAUGGCUUUAAAGCCUUUUGUUGAUCGGCUAGGGUAUGAUAAUGUACCACCAGAAAUCAACAGAUUACGGUGCCGUGUAAACUACCAUGCUCUAAAAUUUCUGCCAGAGAUAGAGCAGAUGGCCGAUUUGCUUGUUUCGAGGAUGAGAAAUCGCACUGGAAAGCCAAAUCCGUAUAUGGCUCUUCAUCUUAGAUUCGAGAAAGGAAUGGUGGGUCUAUCCUUUUGUGAUUUUGUCGGGACAAGGGAAGAGAAAGCUAAAAUGGCUGAAUACAGGAAAAAGGAAUGGCCUCGUCGAUACAAGAACGGUUCCCAUCUAUGGCAGCUCGCCCUGCAGAAACGGAAGGAAGGCCGAUGCCCCCUUGAACCAGGAGAAGUUGCAGUCAUCCUACGUGCGAUGGGUUAUCCAAAGGAGACGCAGAUUUAUGUAGCGUCUGGUCAAGUCUAUGGUGGUCAGAACCGGAUGGCUCCACUCAGAAACAUGUUCCCUAACCUGGUGACAAAGGAGGAGUUAGCAAGCAAAGACGAACUAACGAGCUUCAGAAAACACGUGACGAGCCUUGCAGCGUUAGAUUUCCUUGUCUGCUUGAAAUCGGACGUGUUUGUAAUGACGCACGGCGGAAACUUUGCGAAAUUGAUAAUAGGAGCACGAAGAUACAUGGGUCAUCGUCAGAAAUCGAUAAAACCGGACAAAGGGUUGAUGUCGAAAUCGUUUGGGGAUCCAUACAUGGGCUGGGCGACGUUCGUGGAAGACGUGGUUGUAACUCAUCAGACACGAACUGGGUUGCCCGAAGAAACCUUUCCGAACUACGAUCUCUGGGAGAAUCCUCUCACUCCCUGCAUGUGCAAAGCUUGAAUCUUUUCUUUAAUCAUUUUGGUAUUUCGUGUAAAGUUCUUAAUGGAAAAAUUUUAUAAUUAGAAGUUAUUGUUGAUUAGUAGUUUCUCUAUGACCAAGGAGAAUCUGUGUUCA